AUGCCGCUCAGUGUCCAAAAAGCCGAGGACUCGGACUCGGACGUGCCGAUGGCCUCGCAGCAGCGUGAGGACGACGAGGAGGACUCGGAUGCGCCGCUGAAGAACGAGGAGAGUGAGGAGGAGGAAGAGGAGGAAGACGAUGAGGAAGACGAGGGCCCAAAGCGCAAGCGCGGCGGGAACAAGAGCAUGGGCCAGUCCAAGUCGGACAUCGAGGGCGGAGGCGAGCAGCGCUGGACGACGCUUAUCCACAAAGGGCCGCGCUUCCCUGAGCUAUACCAGCCGCUGCCUGAGGAUGUCACGCUCAAGUACGAGGGCAAGCCGGUGUCGCUUCCGCCCGAUUCGGAGGAAGUCGCCAUGUUUUAUGCAGUGAAGCUCGAGACGCAGCACGCGCAAAACCCCGUCUUUAACAAGAACUUUUUCGAAGACUUCCAGGAUGUCUUGAAAAAGCACCCUCCUCGCGACGGAACUAAAAUCAAAAAGUUUGAAAAGCUCGAUUUCCGCGAGAUGUACAACUAUUGGAAGUCGCUCAAGGAUGCCGAGGCCGAGCGCAAAAAGAGCAUGGCGCCGUCGGCACGCAAAGCAGAGACAGCGGCACGUAAGGCGAUGGAGAACGAGUGGAAGACGUGUAUUGUCGACGGCCUGGAGCAAAAGGCGGGCAAUGUCACGGUCGAACCGCCGGGUCUCUUUCUCGGUCGUGGUGCACACCCCAAGGCGGGCCGCAUCAAGACGCGUAUUAUGCCGGAACAGAUCACGAUCAACCACAGUGCCGACCACCCGGCGCCUGCGCCGCCGGCAGGCCACAAAUGGGGCGAGGUCGUGGAGAAGAAGGACGUCACUUGGCUCGCCCUCUGGCGCGAAAACAUCAACAACGGUUUCAAGUACGUCUUCUUGGACGCCUCGAGCACGUUCAAGACCGAGUCGGAUCGCGAGAAGUUUGAAAAGGCACGUCGCUUGGACGAGUGCGUGAAGCGCGUACGUGCCGACGUGCUCAAGAACCUCACGUCCAAAAACCGCGUGGACCGCAUGGUGGCUACGAUCGUGUGGCUCAUUGACAAUUUCUCUUUGCGUGCAGGCAACGAAAAAGGAGAGGACGAAGCAGAGACCUACGGCGUGUGCUCGCUGCGCUGUGGUCAUGCAACAUUGAUUAUGCCAAAUCAGGUCAAACUGUCGUUCCUUGGUAAAGAUUCUAUGAAGUUUGAAGAGACGCUCACGAUCGGCAACAAGGACGUCUUUAAAAACAUCACUAUGUUCCUCAAGACCGACGGGACCAAGGUCGACGGGACCUACACGCGCAAGGGACCGGAAGACCCCAUCUUUGCCGCGCCCAAGUCCAAGAGCAGCAAGAUGGCACCCCUCUCGCCGGAUGCCGUGAACCAGUUUCUGGGCAAGUAUAUGAAGGGCCUCAGUGCCAAGGUGUUCCGUACCUACAAUGCCUCGGCUACCUUCCAGGGUCUCUUGGACCAGACGGAGGACUGGCUUGCGCAGCGGCCAACGGCGCAGGAGCGCGAGAUUACGCCUGCCAACCUCCGCGUGGCAUACAAUGAGGCGAACCGCCAGGUGGCUAUCCUGUGUAACCAUCAAAAGACGGUGAACCACGUGGUGCUGAGCAAGGCGCUGGACCGCACGCGCGACAAGAUCUUUGCGCUGCAGUACCAAAUCUUCAAGGAACGGCAAAAGCUUCUGACGCACUACAAGGCAGCGGAUCUGAAGAAGGAGUACCUUCCGAAGGAGCACGACUUUGCGAAGAAUUGGAACCUUAUUCUGGAGGAACCGGACCUAGACAAGUCGCGUAUCAAGGAGCACGAGGAGACCAUGAUCCAGGACAAGAAGACGCGCAUGACCACCGCGUUUGAGCGCCAAGAGUCUGAGCGCAAGUACCAAGAAGAGCUGCGCAAGCAGGCGGGCGAAAAGGUCAAGAAGGAGGAGGAGGACGUGAAGCCUGCCAAGAUCACGACGCGCGCGCAGCUCAACGAAGAGCUCAAGGGUCUUGAUGAGCACCUCAAGCUCUUGGAGCGCGAACGCAAAGCGAACAAAAGCGAGUCGUCAAACUGCAACGUGCCGUCCACGGCACGCAAGAUCCUGAACAAGUACGAGGCCAUCAAGAAGCAGGAGGCGGAGAUGAUGAACAAGAGCAACACCAGUGAUGUCUCGCUGGGCACGUCCAAAAUCAACUACAUCGACCCGCGGAUUACCGUUGCUUGGCUCAAGAAAUGGGACGAUCGCCUCCAAGCCGAAGCUCCUCAGAAGAAGCAGCAAAAGGUCAAAUCCGAAAGCAAGGAAGCACAGGCUGCCAACAGCGCGACGAGCGAAAAGAUGGAGCUGAACUUGCAGGUCAUGAACAUCGGGCAGUUCUUCCCCAUGACGCUGCAGAAGAAGUUCCGGUGGGCGGCCUUUGACGACAACGGAAAGGACAUCUCUCCGCGGUGGAGCUUCGUCAAGGACGCGCGCAAGAAGAUGCGCACGCUUGAAAGCGGGUCUCGCAAACAGGAAGAGUAG